AUGGGGAAGCAAGCUGAAGCAGAAAUCAUUUUUGUUGCUUAUCCAGCCCCUGGUCAUCUUCUUGUCUCCAUUGAAUUCGCUAAAUCUCUCAUCAAACGUGAAAAACUCAUCCACACCAUCACCAUCCUCCACUGGGCAUUACCUCUCUCUCCUCAAGCAGACCUCUUCGCCAAGUCUCUCAUCGCUUCAGAGCCUCGAGUCCGUCUCUUUGCUUUGCCUGAAAUCCAAAACCCUCCGCCACUGGAGCUCUUCUUCAGAGCCGCUGAGGCUUACAUUCUAGACUUUGCCAAGAAAACAGUUCCUUUCGUCAGAGACGCUCUCUCCACUCUGGUUCCUUCUCGUGAUGGAUCCGAUUCGGUUCGGGUCGCCGGUUUGGUUCUCGAUUUCUUCUGCGCUCCCUUGAUUGCAGUGGGAAACGAGUUCAACCUUCCUUCUUACAUUUUCCUGACGUCUAACGCUGGUUUUUUGAGUAUGUUGAAGUAUCUCCCCGAGAGACAUCGCAGAAUCGCCUCCGAGCUCGACCUGAGCUCCGACGACGAGGGACAUCCGAUUCCAGGUUACGUCUGCUCCGUGCCGACGAAGGUCAUGCCUCCGGGUCAAUUCGUGAGAGAGUCCUACGAGGCCUGGAUCGAGAUUGCGGAGAUGUUCCCGGCAGCCAAGGGCAUUUUGGUAAACUCAUUCACAUGUCUUGAGCAGAACGCAUUUGAUUACUUCGCUCGUCGUCCUCAGCACUAUCCUCCGGUUUACCCGGUCGGACCGGUUCUUAGUUUAGAGGAUCGUCCGUCUCCGGAUCUGGACCCAUCAGAUCGGGACCGAAUCAUGAGGUGGCUCGAGGAGCAGCCGGAGUCGUCGGUUGUGUACCUCUGCUUCGGGAGCCUCGGAAUCCACGGAGCACCACAGAUUAGGGAGAUGGCUCGAGCGUUAGAUCUCUCCGGUCACAAGUUUCUCUGGUCGAUUCGAACAAAUCCGACGGAGAAAGCGAGUCCGUACGAUCUAUUGCCGGAGGGGUUUCUAGAUCGGACGGCGAGUAAGGGAUUGGUGUGCGGUUGGGCCCCACAGGUGGAAGUGUUGGCUCAUAAGGCAAUCGGAGGGUUUGUGUCUCACUGCGGUUGGAACUCGGUACUGGAGAGCUUGUGGUUCGGCGUUCCGAUAGCCACGUGGCCAAUGUACGCUGAGCAACAGCUAAACGCGUUCACGAUGGUGAAGGAGUUAGGUUUAGCCGUGGAGCUGCGUUUGGAUUACGUCUCGGCGAACGGAGAGAUAGUGAAAGCUGAGGAGAUCGCGGGAGCCAUACGAUCACUGAUGGACGGUGAGGAUACGCCGAGGAAAAGAGUGAAGGAGAUGGCGGAGGCGGCGAGGAUGGCUUUGAUGGACGGAGGAUCUUCGUUUCUUGCGGUUAAACGAUUCGUUGACGAGUUGAUCGGCCCGAAUUCUUUAGUUCUGUUGUAA